AUGCUUGGAGCGGCCUUCUCACUUUCUGCGGCUUCUGUGCCAUUGUUUGAGGUGCAAAUUUCCCGUGGAGACACGGGCAGCGCCUCCCAGACCUUGAACGACGCCCUCAGCUUGUACCGAGAGCUUAACCAGAAGGCUGGCGAAGCCAAGAUGCUGCUGAUGCUUGCAGGGCUGAAGCAGCGGGGCGGCCGGAAUAAGGAGCUGGGCAAUUCGAAGGGCGAGGAGGAUUGCAAGAGAGUCAUUAACAGGCAGUUGGGACCGGCCUAUGCCGAGAGCGGGGAGACUGAGAAGGCACCCAACCGAAACGAGGCGGUGAAGGCACUCGAGGACCUGGCGUCGGCAGUGGAGCAACAGGAUAAGAACUUGUGGAAAUCCGCCAUAGAACAGCUCAAUAAGAGCUCUGCAUACACGCAGCACGACGUGCAGCAGAUCUUCGGCGCGGCGCUCAAGAAGGACCGACGCGCAGCGGCAGGAUUCCUGCAGCAGAUGGGCGUGCGGACGAAAGGUAGCGCACCCGGGCUCAUCAUUCGUGAGGUCACCAAGGUCUAUACCUACGUGGGCUUCCGCGUGGGUGGCCUGGGGUAUGGGCCACGCUUCCGAUGCCUCACGCCCACCCAUGGGCUCAUGGUGGAGGGCGACCCCAACAGCAUGCAUGCCGUGGGCUGCAUGCGGAUCGCUGAGGAGGCGGAUGAUUGGGAAAAGGAGCUGCAGUACCACCCAGGCAUUUUGGAUGGGUGCCUGCAAUCGCAAAGUGCCCUUGGCUGA